UCCCUGCUUCCCGUAAGAAGACGAAGCCCAUCGACUCUAAUUCAUAUUUCUCCUCGUUUCUUCUUCUCCGUGCUUCGUCUGCAGACACAGAGCUUCAAAAAUGCCGUUUAUAUCGCAGAUACAGAGACAAUCAGAUUACAGUCUCUUCUCUCCAUCCACUCCUAUCGUCAUCGACAAUGGCGCCUCCUAUUUCCGUAUCGGGUGGGCAGGAGAGAAUGACCCUCGCGUUAUCUUCCGCAACAUUGUUCAGAGACCACGCCACAAAGCCACUGGGGAAACUGUUACUAUUGUUGGGGAUCAUGAUCCUGCAUUGCUUAGAUACUUUGAUUGCACGCGCUCUGGACCACGCUCAGCUUUUGAUAGCAAUGUUGUUUAUCAGUUUGAGAUUAUGGAAUAUAUUCUUGACUUUGGCUUUGAUCGGCUUGGUGCGAACGGACCAGAGGUUAAUCAUCCUGUCCUAAUAACAGAAUCUGUAUGCAAUCCUGUUCAGUCCCGUUGCAAAAUGGCAGAAUUGCUAUUUGAGACAUAUGGAGUUCCAUCCGUAGCAUUUGGUGUUGAUGCUGCUUUCAGCUAUAUGUAUAAUCAACAACAGGGGAUUUGUGAUAAAGAUGGUCUUGCUAUCUGCCCAGGAUUCACGACGACUCAUGUUAUACCGUUUGUCGAUGGAGAGCCUGUGUAUAGAGGAUCUUGCCGAACUAAUAUUGGUGGAUACCAUGUCACAGAUACUCUAAAGCAACUUCUUUCCCUUAAAUAUCCACACCACAUGGCUAGGUUUACAUGGGAGAAAGUUGAAGACCUGAAAAUGGAGCACUGCUUUGUUGCCCCUGAUUAUACUUCAGAGGCUCAACUGUUUCAGAAAGGGACCAAGGAGGCUGAAGAUAAAACAAGGUGUUGGCAGCUUCCAUGGGUUCCGCCUCCUACUGAAGAGCCUUCAGAAGAAGAGAUUGCAAGAAAAGCAGCUAUAAAGGAGAGGCAAGGUCAAAGGCUGCGAGAAAUGGCUGAAGCAAAACGGUCUUCUAGGAUAAACGAACUAGAAAAUGAAUUGCAUGGUUUGGAGUUUCUCUUGCAUCAACUUGAACAAGUGGAAGAGGAUGACAUUCAAUCUUUCUUGUCAGAGACUGGUUAUGUUUCCAAGCAGGAAAUAGAAGCUUCCAUUGUCAAAGUAACACAGUCUUUACGGAAAGCUAAGGGUGAACCGAAAAGUGACCAAACUGAAAAUGAGGAAAAAACAGAUAAUUCUACAAAUGACAAAUAUCCUCUUAUUAACACCCCCGACAAUAUGCUUACUCCUGAGCAGCUAAAGGAGAAAAGGAGACAGAUUUUCCUUAAAACCACAAAUGAGGGUCGGCAGCGAGCUAAGCAGAAACGCUUUGAGGAAGAACUAGAAAGAGAAAAGAAAAAUCAACAAGAUGAAGAGAAGCGAUUAGAGAAUCCCGAGCUUUAUUUAGAGCAGAUGCGGGCUAAAUACAAAGAGCUUUCUGAUAAAAUUGAUCAGCGAAAACGACUUAAGACAAAUGGAAACAGCACAAAUGGAGGUGUUGGCCGUGGGGAGAGAUUGAAUGCUGCCCAGAGGGAAAGGAUGCGUCUCUUAACAACAGCAGCCUUUGAUCGAGGGAAGGGUGAAGACACUUUUGGUGCCAAAGAUGAAGAUUGGCAACUUUACAAACUAAUGAGCAAAGAUAACGAUGAAGAUGAUGAGGGACCAGAUGACGAUGAGACAGAACUGGGCCGAAUCUCUUCUAGGCUUCAGGAAAUUGACCCUACAUUUGUUCCCAAACCAGAAUUAGCACACGCUCAACCAGCUGCUGAGAUGCCACGAUUCCGUCCUCUCUCAAAAGAAGAUUUUCAAAUUGUGCUAGGGGUUGAAAGGUUCCGAUGCCCUGAACUAUUAUUUCAUCCAAACUGGAUUGGGAUCGAUCAGGUGGGCUUAGACGAGAUGGCUGGAGUUUCAAUAAAUCGGUUGCCAUCAAGGGACCAAGGCCUGGAGGAUAGAUUGACCAGUUCUAUCCUUAUUACUGGUGGGUCCUGUCUUUUCCCUGGUAUGAGUGAGCGCUUAGAAGCUGGAAUCCAGAUGAUACGACCAUGUGGUGCGCCUAUCCGGGUGGUCAGAGCAUUAGAUCCAGUGCUUGAUGCAUGGCGCGGAGCUGCUGUUUAUGCUUCUAACUUACGGUUCCCAGAGCAGACAUUCAGUAAGACAGAUUAUUAUGAGAAAGGUGAGGACUGGUUGCGGAGAUACCAACUGCAAUAUAUACUCUAAUUUUUAUUUUUGUCCUCCAAUGUAAAUUUUCUUAACAUGAGCUAGUGGUAGAUAAUUUAUGAUAUUUGACCUCCGACAAUUAAUGCAUUAAUAUGUAUUUGUUUGUAAAACAAUGAGGCAAAUGCAAGCUAUGAUCAUGUCCUUGACAAGUUUUCUCAUGAUGUGAGAAGGCGUUGAAUCUAUUUCCAUUUUUGACA